AUGGCGCCAACACAGCCGCCAGCCGCCGUGGCGUCCGCCAGCGGCGCUGACGGUGCCGAACCUUCUCCAAGUACAGGCACGCCUGCCUCGGUACCGCUGCCGACGUCACCAGCGCCGGUCCAAACCAACGAUUCUGACAGGAACACGGACACAUUGUCAGAAAAGACGCCGGUGGCCGCAGCUGCAAGAGCAUCCGCAGACUCGCCACGGCCCCAGCACCGACUGCACUUCAGCGGCGACAACAUCAACGAGAAGCAAACCCACCACCAAGAACGCCCGCCCCCGGCACCCCUCGCCAAUUCCGACGGGCCCGUAGCCGUUACUUCGAAUGGCUCCGGCCACAGCGGCGGCCACGGUGGGCGCGGCAGCAGUUACGGCCAGCAACGCCGGCUUCGCCCAAGCGAGGAAUUCGACCGUCGGUACGACGGUCCCUUUGGCCGGCCCAGCCUGGGCAUGACCCGCCGGCGCUCGUCACAGGCUACGCUGGCCAUUCCGGAAGCUCUCGUGUCCGGCAUGGACGUAGCCGCCGGUCAACCGACCUCGCCCGGCGGGGGUGUCAACAACGACGGGACCGGUCUAGUAGAUCUGACCGCAGCAUUAUCAGUCGACCAAGCCCCGGCGUUCCGGCCCGAGCCGCCGCCCCUCAACUACACUCUGCGGACGCGCAGGAUGGCCAUCUUCCUUUUCUGGACGGUCAUUGUGUUUGACAGCGUCGCCAUGCCCAUCGCGCUGUACUUUGGCCUGUGGUACGGUGUCGGCCCGGGAAACCCGGCGGACGAGCGACUUAGUGCCAACACGGUAUUCAGCAUCGUGACUGCGGCGCUCGGUGGUGCGAGUAUCCUAGAGUACUUUCUCAGGUGGUGGAGGCUGUAUCGAAAGGGGAGUACAUGCCGGAUUCCAGGUGUUGAGAACAGAUGGGCUCUGGACUGGUUCCACUGGAUGUUCUCGCUCGCUUGGAUCAUCGUCAUGAUUGAGCUGAUUGUCGGCUCCGUCCCCGAGGACCCGUACAUCCGGCUCCUGUCCACGCCACUCCUGACCAUGCUCUACGUCUUCGGCACGCUGAUGCUCGCCAUCGACACGAUGCGGUACUUCCAGAUCCCCGCCCCCGUGCGCAUCUCGUCGCAGCCCAAGGGCGCGCAGAUGCGGCCGGGCAUCUACUCGCUGAUCGAGGACAUCUGCGCCGUCGACGGCAGCGGGGGCACCGAGUUCCGCGUCGCCCUGGACCGGCGGUACGAGGCCUCGCACGUGUUCCGCGCCAUGCUCCGCCGCCUGGGCGUCUUCUGGGCCGUCGGCGCCCAGGGCUGCGCGGUGCUCACGACGGUCCUCGUCUUCGCCCUGGCCAACGCCGACAUUGCCUACGUCAUUGGCUGGAGCCUCCCCUUUGUAUGGGCGGGCAUCUGGACCCUCGUCACGUUCUGGUAUGUCAAGAGGGAGCUCAAGAAGGAGAGGACGCUGUGGGCCGCGGAGGCGGCCAAGGGGCGCGGGGCGUGA